AUGAAUUUCGCGUGGUUCCAGUCUAUCUAUCAGCAGUCAGACUGGUUAGAGAAGGUCAUCGAUGGGCUUCGCUGUGUGAAGGACAAGGUCGUUCCGAUGGCUACGACUUUCGUUCGCGACAUGGUGGCCAAGAUCGUUCCCGUAGUCACAUUCUUUGCUGAAGAAGCGCAGGGCAAGUUCUACAGCUUCGUUGGCGAGAACGAGAAGCUCAUGGACUGGCUUCAGUACAACUUGGCCCUUGUUUUCACGGUCAUUGGUCUCAUGUUGAUGCUGGCAUCACACUUCUCGUCUUGGAAGACAACUCGCGCCACUGCUGCCCAGAAAGAAAAACCAAAGCUUCUGGGAUCUAGGACUGCUUCGAUGGAUGACGCCAUCUCUCAGGCAUACAAUGCUGUUUCUCCAAGGCACACCACCCCUUCUUGGCCAUCUCCACCCAGCUCAACGACUACGUUGACACCACCCUCAACUCCCGCCCACACCACCCCCACCGCAGCUACCUCAGCCUCAACAUUCAAAUACUACACUCCAUACACCAUCAACCGGAACCUAUCCUGCCUCCCUUCAACACCCGGGCCCCAAACCCCCAGCAACCGCACCUUCUCUCACCUCGCCCACACAGCGCCAGCUAGCUACCACACCUUGCAGCGCAACGGCGUGCUCAACGCGGAUGGAACACCAUCCAAGAAGUUCGCUCUUGGUAAACACAAGGAGCACGAGAAGACUGAGACGCAGGCGGUGUAUGAGAGUCCGACUGAGAGCUGGGGAAAUCUCAGGAGGAUCAGACAACGGCAAAGGGAGUUCCAGUUCGGGGCUGUGGAAGAUGAGGAGGCGCGCUAG